AUGGCGAAGCACAUCGUCUCGCUGUCGCAGAUGCUGGAGAAUGACAACAGGCGGCGGGAACACACGCUCUCUGUGAACGGGUCGAGGACAAUUCCGUAUGCGGCGGCGAACGCACAACCACCUCAUGGAAUGCAGCCCGGACCGAUGCUAAAGAAACAUCGCCCAACAAGUAAGAAAUACAUUGCUGCACUUCCCCUUCCAUCCCUCUUGCAAAGUCGGUAUUCCCGAAUGCUUAUGGAAACCUCCGAGUCCCGACGUGUCGCUCCAGUCCCAAGGGACGACAUACACGAGCGUUCGUCCACCACGAGGGAGCAAUGCGAUCCAUUACACGCGGAACGCCUACAACAGCUCAUGGAUACCGUGCAAUCCCUUCUUCAGGACAAGCAGAAAGAGACAGAAGCAAAAUCUGUCAAAGCAACGUUAAAAAAGCGAAAGCUUGACGAACUGGAGCAAGACAAGCGUCAACGCCGGGAUGCUAAAGAACAGCAGCGACAACACGAACACGCUGAAAAGCUACGGCGGCGUCAAACCAAGCAAGACAUUCAACGGGAAAAGGACGUUCAGCGCCAAGCUUGCAAGGCCGAAAAGGCGCAUGCCAAGCAAACCGCGGAAGACGCCAAGGCCAACCGCAAGCUAGAAAAGCAAACUCUCAAAACUGCCGCCUUGGAAAUUGAACAAGCAGAGCACUUGGCGCGGCAAAAGGCAAAGGAACUAAAGCGACUGGCCAAAGAUAAAGCUGCGGCAAAGCGCGUGUCAGAGCUCCGAGCACUCAGUACCCGCGUCUGGAAGCUGGAGCAUCAGCGUGCCGUCGAUGCCAAAGAGUCCAAGGCCUUGGGCGACAAAAUUCACCUGUUGGCGAAAACCACCAAGGACUUGCUGGCAGAGAACAAAAAGCUGGUCAAAGCCGUGCAAGAGCACAAAAAGGUGGUGACGAGUACGUCCAGCCAACUCAAUUCGACCGUCAAACAAGCGAAGGAUACCAUAUCUACGACCUCGGACAACUUGCACGUGACGAUGCAACAGUGGCGGGAUCGGGGGGCGGGAAGACUACCCAAGAGCACUACGACGACACCACCCCCAGUGAACCGGAUUCUUCUCGACGACGAAGACAACGACGAAGUGUUUGCAAUUGUCGACCCGACAGCCGCCGCCGCCGUUGUUUCGUCCGAUGAAAAUAACCCCGACUCGUUUGGUUCGACGUUUGCCCAAGACAUGAUUCAACACGCAAGAGAAAAGCGGCAACGCAAGCAACAACACAACCGGCGACGGGGAUAA